AUGGCUGAGGCGCCACCCGGCGGUGGCAUACACGCGCAGGCCGAGGAGCGACUGGCGGAUGAUUUGCGGCGAAAAUUGAUGUCCCCGGACGCGGGUCGCGUGGAAAAGCGGUCGCGGUUUGGUAGGUGGUACCCUGUCGACCUGCUGGCUCGUAUGGAUUUGAGAUGGAUCCGCGCCAAGGGCGGCGCCGUCUUCCCCCGGGACACCAAGGCCUGGGUGGGAAAGGGGGGCCACAUCGAGCUGGUGAGAGGCCGGACGGAAGUCAUCUACACGGAAGGAGAGCGCGCGUGGACGGUGCAGUUGGAUGGCGAAAAGCAGGUGUUCAGAGCAGACUCCCCUGAGCGUGCGGCUCACUGGGUGGCCGCUCUUCGGUGGCGUGUGUGUCCGUGGAUUGGACUGCUGAGGGGCCAGGGCCCCGAACGCCAGGAUCGGCUUGGCUCCUUGCAGGAACGCGACCAGGCAGGGUGGCCUCUUCGCAUGGGCCAUCUGGAAGUGGCCCAGUCUGCAGUGGGCAUGAUGGACACUGCAGCACAGCUGACAGGGGAGGUAUUGGGCAGAUUGCCUGUUGUGGGACCGGCAUUUUCGGUGCUGGGCUUUGCCCUGGAGGUGGCAGGCAGAAUCACGGCCGACAUUGAUGUCCUGCGCCCUGCACUCUCUAGGUUUGCGCGUGUCGCGCAACACACCAUGGAAACGUUGCAGGGAGGCUUGGAGCGGCAGCCAGAGAGUCGCCUUGAAGAGCUCUCAGAGCUGAUGGGGGUGAUCGAAGAGGGCGCACGACAGCUUGAAGGCUUCGAGUUUCAGUCAAAUGUGCGGAUUAUGCUGCAUGGAAUAUUCAAGGGGAAGUCAGGUCCAGCAACAGUUGCAGAAUUGGUUUCACAGUGCGAGUCGCGCCUGGCAUUCCACCAGGUCCAUGACAUGCAUGAGUUACUGCAGGUCAUGCCACAGCAAGUGGCAACAGCAGUUGAGUCAGUAAUGCGAAAUGAGGGCAAUACAUGUGGUGCACCAUCUUACAUUCCGGUUCGCCCAUACUCCAUCGGUCAUGAGCAACAGACAUCUGUGAUCAAGAAGCUGAUUCUCAGCGGCAAUACCAAGUAUGUUGCUCUGGUUGGGAUUGGUGGAGUGGGCAAGACCACCCUAGCAAUGUGUGUGGUGAAUGAUCCAGAUGUGCAGAAAAGAUUCAAGAAAAAUGAAGAUACCAAGUGUCUUGGCAUGGCGUUUGUGGUAGUUUCACAGAACCCAGACCUCCUGGACUGCCAAAGGCGAAUUUGGGAGGCCCUGCUGGGAGGCAAAGCGGAUUUUGUCAAUGUCGAGGAUGGAAAGCGGCGGUUGGAAGCUGCAUUGCAAGACAAAUCUUUUUGUCUUGUUUUGGAUGACACCUGGGAUGAAUCUGACGUGGUCCACCUCGAUGUUGCAUCUCCAAAUAGCCGGGUGCUCAUAACAUCACGAAAUGACAAGGUUGCACAUAUUGUGGGUGCCAAGUGCCAUGAUGUGACGCCUUUAGAUGAGGCACAGUCGCAUCAGCUGUUCUGCAAGCACGCCUUUGAUGGCGGCAUGCCCCAAAAAUGGCAAGAGAAGCAUGUACAAGAAAUCAUCGAAAAAUGUGCAGGCCUUCCCCUCACGUUGGAGAUUAUGGGGAAGUUGGCCAGAAGUUUUGAAGAGCGAGCACAGUGGCAAAAUGCUGUGCAAAUACUGACAGCAAGCUCAAUGGUCAAGAAGAGCGUGUUUGACCAUGUGUUUGAGCUGAGUUUCAACAGUGUGGAUGUUGUCCAUCGGGAAGUGCUGUUGGAUCUGGCGAUGUUGCCUGAAGAUCACCAUGCCCGAGCUACGGACGUGGCAGAAUUGGAGACGUGCCUCGGAUCGUGUCCUGAUGAACAAGCAGCAUGUCAGGUGCUGAGGGACUUGGAGGACAGGGCAUUGAUCAAAAAGGAAGGAAAAGAUACUUACAAUGUACCAGAACUGCAGCCCUCUCACACAUGGUAUGAUGAGCUAUUUGGUUUGGGGUAA